GAUAAUGUGAGGGCAAUAUCAACGAUCGCACGAUGGCCGACUUUAAACCAUACCUGAUAGCCCGAUAGCUCUGUGUGAUCGGUUUGCGUAUAAAUGGAGGUUGAAGCGAGUGUUAUAGCUAUAUGAUCACGAUGAAGUCGAUCACGGCGGUUGUUGUUCUGGCGGUAGCAGUGGUGGCAAUUGGCAUUUGCCAUGCCAAGCACAUUGAGUUCAAGGUGGCCGACAAGGAUUUCCUGGUCAAGCAGAAGUUUGUCUUUGAAAUGCUGCAGCAUGUCUACCAGGACGAUGUGUUUGUCACCAAAUACGAUGCAAGCUUCUACGAAUACAAGCCGUGGGAGCAUGUCGGCGAUUACGAUCAUCCGGAGAAAUUCCAGGACUUCUUUGAGCUGUGGCAACAUCAUCCCUUCCAUAAUGAUCAGGUGUGGACACUGUUCUAUGAUCGCCAUGAGGAAUACGCCCACGGACUUGUGAGGCUGUUCUACUAUGCCAAGAACUGGGAGACCUUCCAGCAUGCCGUCUUCUGGGCCCGCGAGCAUGUGAACACCCAGCUCUUUGUCUAUGCCUUCACCAUUGCCUGUCUGCAUCGUGCCGAUCUGCAGGGUAUUGUGAUGCCGGCGCACUAUGAGAUCCAUCCGUGGAGCUACUUCGAUGGUCAGACCCUGGAGAUGGCUGAGCACUAUAAGAUGCAUGGAUUCCAUCAUGUCAAGCAAUUGAACAAUGUCUACAAUGUGGUGAUGAAGUCCAACUACACAAAUUACUAUGGUGAUCUGAACUACGACCAUGCAUUGUCCUAUUUCCUGGAGGAUAUUGGCAUGAACAGUUUCUACUACUACUUCAACCUAGACUAUCCGUUCUGGACAAAGGGUGAUGAGCAACAUAAGCUCAACAAGGAUCGUCGCGGUGAGAUGUAUCUGUAUGUCCACUGGCAACUCCUUGCUCGCUUCUACAUGGAACGUCUCUCCAACGAUAUGGGUGAGGUGCCCACCUUCAACAUGUACGAACCCGUCGAAUCUGGCUUCUAUAGCGGUCUCCGUGGCUACAAUGGCAUACCCUAUCCGAGCCGUCCCAACGAUUAUAACUUCUACACGGCUGAGAAUGUUGAGUACGUGCACAUGGUGGAGACGUACACGCAGCGUAUCAUGGACUGGGUGCACAAGAAUACCGAACACGAUUUGGAUGCCAUCAAUAAGCUGGGCAACAUGAUCCAGGGCAAUGUUGAUAGCAUCGAUACCCAGUUCUAUGGCAGUCUGGACAAAUGGUACCGUUACAUUGUGAACGAGGGACGUCCGUUUGGCAAGUACCAUGAAACCUAUCCCGGCACCUUCAUGCACUACGAUACCUCGAUGCGUGAUUCAAUGUUCUUUGAGGUCUACAAGCGUAUACUUACCCAGUACUGGAAUAUGAUGGACACCUAUCCCGAGUACACCAAGGUCGACUAUGGAUUCGAUGGUGUCAAGAUCGAUAACGUCCACAUGCCCGAGAGCCUCACCACCUAUUUCGAGUACUUCGAUGCCGAUAUCAGCAAUGCUGUGAAUGUGGAGCCCACCUACGAGCAUCCCAGUGAUGUCCUUUAUAGCUUUGGACGUAACUCCCACUACAAUGGCAGCGGCUAUGUGAUCAAGGCCCGUCAACACCGUCUCAACCACAAACCCUUCGAGUUCACCCUGGAUGUCAACUCGGACAAGGCCCAGAGUGCCGUUGUCAAGGUGUUCAUUGGUCCCAAGUAUGAUGAGUAUGGACAUGUGAUCCCAUUGGAGCAUAACUAUCAGAACUUCUUCGAGCUGGAGCACUUCAAGGUUCAGCUGGCUGCCGGCGUCAAUCACAUCAAGCGUGCCAGCGGAGAUUUCAGCUUCUGGGUCAAUGAUCGCACCACCUACUUCGAGCUGUACCACAAGCUGAUGGAUGCCACCAACAGCGAUUACAAAUUCAAGCUGGAUCAGUCGGAGGCGCACUGCGGCGUGCCCAAUCGCAUGAUGUUGCCCAAGGGCAAGAAGGGCGGUCAGGUGUACCAGUUCUUCUACAUGGUCUAUCCGUUCCAUGAGUCCAGCGUACAGCAGUACACCGGCUACGAUCCCAUUGUCAGCUGUGGUAUUGGACAUGGCUCUCGCUAUGUGGAUGCUCUGCCAUUCGGCUUCCCCUUCAAUCGUCCGGUGAAGCGCGAUUACUAUUUCGACGUGGACAACUUCAAGUUCUUCGACGUCAAAAUCUUCCAUCGCGAUGAGCACACAAAUAUGGCCUAAGCUCUAACGAACUCAGACUCUGAUCUAAUCAACCACUAAACCACAUAAUUAGAACUCUCUGUUUCACUUCCCCCCUAUAGCUAGAUCUGACAAUUACCCCCUUAGAUCGUGUUCAAUACCGACAUGUAAUGCUCUCAACUUUACUUGAUAUCAAUUAACAAUAAACGAAUUCUAAGCUACAACAAA